CUCAAUCCAUCUCGCAACAGUUGGUAACAUUUUAACUUCAUUGUGUCCGGUGCUUGAGUUUUGAGGAUGCUGCGAGUUAAUACGAGGAUAUCAUUUAAUACCAGCCAAAUCGACGAACAAAUAAAAUAGCCUACAUGCUGUAUUCAAUUUUUUUCUUUUUUUUACCACCCGGGGAAUAAUGCCGUCGCCCAAGCAAAGGAGGAAUAGCAGUCGUAGUGGCAGUAUCAGUGGGGCAGCUGUCAAUGGAAAAUUUGAGUUUGCUACAGUAACACGUUACCGGGUGUCAGAGUGCCCGUCCCGCCGCCGAAGCUCCAGUUGCACACAUGUCUCCUCAGUAGCACAGACAGAGGAUUUUUCUGUAAGCUUGAAUCAGUCCAUUUUUGUUAUCACCUUCAGGUUGUUUUUAGCCAUAGACUUGUGGCUGUCAAAGCGGCUGGGUGUGUGCGCCUGUGAGGACUCUUCAUGGGGCAGCAUACGACCCCUGGUGAGGCUGGUGGAGCUCUCUGGCCAUGCCAUUCCGUGGUUCAUCGGCACCAUGUAUUGUUUACUCAGAAGCGAGACCGUCACAGAACAAGAAAUGAUGCUGAACCUUGUAUUAGCUCUCCUACUGGAUCUGGCUCUAGUCAGAAUAACAAAGACCUUGUUCCACCGCCGGAGGCCUGUCCAGAACCGCUCUGACAUGUUCACCACCUACUUUGAGGAGCGUUAUUCCUUUCCCUCGGGCCACGCCACACGAGCUGCCAUGUGUGCCCGCUUCCUGGCGGCGCAGCUGGUAGGCACAGCCCCCAUGCGAGCGCUGGUGCUGGCCUGGGCUGCCAUGGUGGGACUGUCCCGGCUGCUGCUCGCCAGGCACUACGUGACCGACGUGAGCUUUGGCCUGGCCAUGGGCUACUGCCAGUACAGCUUAGUGGAGAGGCUGUGGGUGUCCUGGGGCUGCUUGCAAGACCUCCUGCUUCUGCUGCUGGGGGAGGGACAAGCCGUUGUGUAGGGUACUGGUGGAUCUUACCAGGUUUCAUCAAAUGAGGGAUGAUUUCAAGGUGGAGGCCAGAAAACGCAGAGAAAAUAACUGUGUGCCUUCAGCAAAAUAUUCUUUGAGCAUUUUCUCUUCCAAUGUUGUUUUUUAAAUAUUGAUUAUCAUUUGUCUAUAUAUAUAUGUUUGUGUGUGUAUAGCUUGUGUGUCCUUCGUGUUUGUUACAUUUUCAAGUGUGAGGUCACAGAGGUUUCACUGCAUUGGUUGGAAUGGGAUGGUCUAUGGGUUUGUAAUGUAGAAACACACAUGCAAUUUUAUAGCAAAAUUGUUCUGGUGUCGCAUGCACUUCUACUCUCAGUGUAGAAAUUCAAAGGAGCUUCAUAUAAACAUGUGUUCACAUUUCAUUUGUUUGUUAAUUCUUUUGCACAUAAAUCCACAUGAGGAGACUGUAUGAUGUUAAUAGAGAAGAGAGAGCAAGAGGAUUUGGCGAGUUUGCGUGUGGAUGAAACUGAAACGUUAUCUGAUCUUCAGUGGUUAAAAAAUGAUUACAUGCGAUGCUUGACAGUCCAAUGCCCAUAUACGGUGCUGUGGUAUUGUCCUGGCUGACAGGGUUUGUGUGUGUAGGAGGGGGUUACCAAACCCUCAACAAAGUUUCCAUUCGUUUGCAGCUGCCACUAAGUUUCCUGACUGUCAUCAUAACUCAUCCCCCCUUAGAGUGUUGGUCACUCCCAGCCCCAGUGUCAUCCUCCCCAAUGCUGCCCAUCCCUCCAGCCCUUUAGUGGAGAACCUGCCUCUCGCCCACCCGAAGAGUCCCCCUUGGGGGUGGUGA